AUGGAAACAGCCUCGAUGGAAACUCGACAACUUCAUUCAAGCCAAAAAGAAGCAAUGAACAAAAUAGCUGAAUUUUCAGGAGAAGUUAAUGACAUCGAUAUUGAUGAAUGGCUAUUCGGCUUGAACUAUUUAUUUUUAUUAAUGAAAUUAAAAGAUGAAACGAAAGUUCUUGAAACAAUGAGUAAAUUAACAGGAUCAGCAUUACGAUGGUAUCAAGAAAAUUUAAGAUCAUUCGUUAAUUGGAACGAUGCUGAAACAGCAUUGCGAGAUCGAUUCAAAGAAUUUAUAUCUGACAGUCAAUUAAUGCAAGAAUUUGUUUAUAUUCUUCAAGAAGAAAACCAAUCUGUUAUAUCAUUUUACGAAAAUGUUAUGCGAAAAUAUAGAAAAUCUCGACAAUUUAUUACUGAACAACAAGUUAUCACAGUAUUACAAAAUGGUGUUAAAAAUUCAUUAAAAGAACAUUUAAUUCGAAAUGAAAAAGAUAUUAAGAAACCAGAAGAAUGGAUAGGAAGUCGUGGCACAUAUCAAUAA